AUGCUUUCCUGCUUCAGCUGCAGCGGCAAGUCCGCAGCUGCAGCAGCCCGUCGAAUCGUUGCGCUGCUCAGAAACAGCGAGCAGCAGCAGCAGCAGCAGCUGCUGCUGCUGCAGCAGCAGCAGAAGGAACAGCAGCAGGCGCAGCAGCAGCCCUGCAGCCUUCUGGGCAACAGCAGCAACGGCAGCAGCAGCAAUUACACAAGCGAAGCAUUUCCUGCCUUUGAGGAGGCCAAGUGUAACAGAAACAAUACAGUAAAAUCACCAGCAGCAGCAGCACCAGCAGCAGCAACAACAACAGCAGCAACAGCAGCAACAGCAACAGCAGCAGCAGCAACAGCAGCAGCAGCAACAGCAGAAGCAGCAGCGCAAGGUUGCAUGCGCUUCGCAUCGGCCUCAGCGUUUGCCGCAGAGCAGUCCGAAGGACAGCAGCAGCAGUCAUUAGAUGCAGCAGCAGCAGCAGCAGCAGCAGUGCAGCAACGAGAUUCUUCGUCAGCUGCAGUGUCUACAGCUGCUGCUGCACCUAGGUUGGAGCCACAGCAGCAGCAGCAGCAGCAACUUAGUGCAGCUAAAGAGCUCGAUGAUUCCGGGCUCGUGUUUACGCCAGAAGCUUAUUAUCAUAUCACAUACAGCUGCAUGCAGCAGCAGCAGCAGCAGCAGAAGCAGCAGCAGCGCCAGGGCGUCCUGCCGACGCCGCUGAGUAAAGAAGCCCGGCAGCUGCUGUGGCAGCAGCAGCGGAGGCUGCUGCUGCUGCUGCUGCUCUCGGAGCAGCAGCAAACCGUUUGGUCGCAUAGAUGGCUACCCACCCUCUCCCAAAUCCCCCGUACUGCAGCAGCAGCAGCAGCAGCAACAGCUGCAGCAACAGCAGCAGCAACAGCUGCAGCAACAGCUGCAGCAACAGCUGCAGCAACAGCAGCAGCAAGCAAACGAACAGCAGCACGAAAAGCCGCAAACGCCUCCGGCAGUCUUGCUGAGUCUUUUGAGGGAAGCAAAGGAAGACAGUGGCAGCAGCAGCAAGAACAGCAGCAGCAGCAGCAAACCCAAGGACAGCAGCACAGAAUGCACUUGGGUCAGUAG